AGCUCACUGGCUUCGUGUCACGGACACUUUUCAGCUGGAACCCAAUUAGCAUUCAGCAUUAGCUGACGGCUAACUGUGUAGCAUUCAGCAUUAGCUUACGGCUAAGUGUGUUAGCUCCACUCUCCACAUGCAAUGGAAGAGAGACAGCUACCAUGUUUAACAUUUACCCGCGCACGUCCCGACGCAGGUGUAGUUCACGCACGGGUCAUUUUGGAGCGUUUAGCGUGUCGCCCUGUGUCAUUUUCUCGCUGCCCGGUAGAGCUAACACAGAUUAGCAUUAGCGAUUUAGCCACUGUCAAAUAUCCAAAGGGGUGGAGCGUGUUUGACUGCCAGCAGAAACAGCCAAUGAGAAUUCCGAAGAGGCGUCCUCCACUGGCCUUUGAACCAAUCGGCUUGGCUCUAAGAAGAAGAUGAAGACUCCCCCGGACAGGUCAGGAAUCACCUUUGAGGUUGGAGCUCAGCUAGAAGCCCGAGACCGCCACAAGAACUGGUACGCUGCCACCAUCGAGAAGAUCGACUACGACAAAGAGCGGAUCCAGGUCCACUACCGUCAGUGGAGCCGGCGGCACAACGAAUGGUUCCACUGGACCUCGCCGUACCUGAGGCCCCUGGAGCGAGUCAGUCUGAGGAGGCGGGGCCUGAACCCGGCAAGCUCACUGCCGAUGUUCGUCUCAGGGUCAAAGGUUAUGGCCUGUUGGACCGACUGCCGUUUCUACCCGGCCAAAAUCCUCAGAGUCAACAAGGACGACUCCUACACAGUGCGUUUCUAUGACGGGGUGGUUCUGACUGUGAAGCCCACCAAGGUGAAGCCUUUCCAGGAAAGGUCCAGAUCUGAGAAGAGCGCGGUGGGAAGCGAGGGAUGGGAGGAAGGGGAGAGCGAAGAAGAAGAAGAGGAGGAGGAGGAUGAGGAAGAAGAAGAAGAAGAGAGUGGUGAAGGUGGUGCAGAAGGAGGGGAGGAGGAGGAGAGGAAUGAGGAAGCAAUGGAGGAGGCAAUGAAGGAGGCAUCGGGGGAAAGGGAAGGAGCUGAGGAAGAAGAAGAGGAGAGGAAGAGGAAGGCGGAACCUUCAUCCUCCCAUCCACCAGCAAAGAAAAAAACAGAGAGUCGAAUUAGUGCAGCUCAGAAUCAGCCAAUCACUGCUGACUGCACCCACCCCGAACCUCCUAGCCCCGCCCAUGUGGACAGAGACGUCCUGUUGGAGCGUCAGGCUCACCUGCCCACCACUCACAAAUUCAGCAGAGAGCCCCUCUACAGGGUGAUUAAGAACCAGCCACCUCCCAUCCUCUCCAUCGAGCUGGACCACAACCCCUUCAAGUGCCCCGCUGAUGGCUGCUCAAAGUCCUUCCGGAAGGCAAGCCUGCUGCACUACCACAUCAAGUACUACCACUCGGACCAGCCGCCGGGCGAGCAGCCGGAGACGCCCAGGAGGAAGAGGUCGUCCUCCAAGGGGAGCGACUUCCUGUCGGACGGCAAGGGCGAGGAACAGGAGGCCUGUCGCCACGACGACCGACAACACGGCAUUGCAGGGGCGGAAGUGAAGAAAGAAAGGAAAAAAAGCGGAGAGCAGGACAGAAAGGACAGGAAGAACUUCCUGAGGGUCAAACUAAAGAAGAAGAAGAAGAAAAAGAAGAAGAAGAAAAGUCAGUCAGGCCUCCCCAGCAGUGACGAGGAGAACUCCGAUCGACCCGCUAUCACGCUGAUGCUGACGGCCGGACCCGAGCACGAGCUCCCGCGAGGCGACGAUGGCAGCGACUGGUCGACGCUCACGGCGGAGAGCGGGGAGGACACGCCCACCUGGCCCGACUCCAUGGAGACGGAGGAGUGCGAGUUGGUGAGGUGUGUGUGCGAGGUGGACGAGGAAAAUGACUUCAUGAUCCAGUGCGAGUCGUGUCUGUGCUGGCAGCACGGGACCUGCAUGGGUCUGUAUGAAGACAACGUGCCACACAACUACACCUGCUACUACUGCAGACACACGGCAGGCUGGAGGCGGGCCCAGCGGUUCUUGUCAGAACCUGAUUUGCUGAUAUCUGGUCACAUGUUCGGCCUCUCGUGCGUGAGGGAGAACUACUCAGAGACCAAUGCCUCCACCAUCUCGCACACCAACAGCCUGCUGGCGCACACGCAUGGCCUCAAUCAGGUCCUCAGCGGGCUGCAGCUGAAGAUCAGCCUGCUGGACAAGCCGUCCCACCCGGACCUGCAGCUGUGGCGGUUGCCGUGGCGACGGGAGGAGGGGUCGAGAGCAGCGGGCGGCCCGAGAGGUGAGCCGCCCGUCUGCUACGUCAGCAGCGAGCACUGCUACCAGAAGCCCGGUGCAUCGUGGGAAAAGGUGCAGGCUGCAGUGAAGAAGGAGGAGGAGACUGAGCUCAGGGAAAUAAAGCCCGAAGUCGCCGACCAGAAACCCGAUGAUGUCCCUAUGGACACCAACGCCGCGGCGCGCACGGACCGGCGGCAACACGCACGUGCCCAGACGCGCCCGGCGCCGGAGGCGGAGUGUCAGCUGAACCUGCUGGAGCACGUGGAGUCCCUUCACCACCAGAUCAGCGGCAGGAUGGACGUGAUCGAGCGGGAGCUGGACGUCUUAGAGUCCUGGUUGGACCACUCGGGCGAGCUUGAGCCUCCGGACCCUUUGUCCCGCCUUCCACAGCUCAAACAGCGAAUCCGGCGGCUGCUGCUUGACCUGUGCACCGUGAGACACCUGUCGUUCUGGCGAUGACGUUCUCUGCUCCAAAAAAACCCAUUGACCUUUGAUUCUGUGAGUGUCUGCCAGCCAGACAGAGCAGAGCGACAGACGGACCGGUGGAGAGCAAAUCGUAGAGCGAGUCGACACUCCGGGUCUGGAGAGAGGAACUGGGGGGAGGGGGAAAAAGACUGUAAACAGGGGGCUUUGUUGAUUUUUUUAUUUUUAUUUGCCUGGUCGGAGACGCAUGUUAACGCACAGUGUGAGCAGUAGACCUACCGCGCAGCGUUAGCAUCAGACUGACUGUUAGUGCGCAGCGUUAGCAUCAGACUGAGUGUUCAUUUGCAGGGUUAGCUUCAGACUGACUGUUAGUGCACAGCAUUAGCAUCAGACUGACUGUUCAUGUGCACCGUUAGCAUCAGACUGACUGUUCAUGGGCACCGUUAGCAUCAGACUGACUGUUCAUGUGCACCGUUAGCAUCAGACUGACUGUUCAUGUGCAGCGUUAGCAUCAGACUGACUGUUCAUGUGCACCGUUAGCAUCAGACUGACUGUUCAUGGGCACCGUUAGCAUCAGACUGACUGUUCAUGUGCACCGUUAGCAUCAGACUGACUGUUCAUGUGCACCGUUAGCAUCAGACUGACUGUUCAUGUGCAGCGUUAGCAUCAGACUGACUGUUCAUGUGCACCGUUAGCAUCAGACUGACUGUUCAUGUGCAGCGUUAGCAUCAGACUGACUGUUCAUUUGCAUCAGACUUUUAGCGUCUGUAGUAACACUUUUGCAAGUUUCUCAAGUCAGACAUUUCGUUUUUGGAUUUAUUCGUGCACCUUUUGUAAAAGCUGAAUGACCCCUAGCAUCAGAUCAAUGUCUGUUUGGAGGUUUUGGUCCAUUGCUGGCAUUCAAAAGUCUAGUUAACAAGCUUCAACUGUCUGCUUGUAAACAACAAAAUAUUUGUACCCAUAGCAUGUCAUGAACAUCACUAACGUAACUUAAAGAUAAUCAACACUGGGACACAAACAUGGACUGUUUGUUUGGACUGUUCCAGCAUUUUGUCGCUUUCUGAUUUGACUUCAUUUACCUUCUUUUCUGUGUUGGUUCAUCAGGUUGUUUUUAGUUAAUUUCCUCUACUUUUCUAGAUUUGUGUUUUAAUGUGUUUAUUCAAUGUCUUCUCACAUUACAGAGAACAAACGAUGCGCAUGGAAGUUAACUUUUGACCUUUAUGUGUAACAAAGAAACUCCACUUGUGCAUUUAGUGUCCCACAACUUUCAGCCUUCCCCGCCAGUUUAAUCUCAACACGCACAUACAAAUGCAUCAUUAGACGGAUAAAACAUAUGUAAAUAUGUCAAAGUAUAUGUUUCAUACAGUUGUAAAGGAAGCUAACUGUACAAAGCUGUAGAUUUAUUUUCAUAGGUGGGAGAAGCGGGUUGGUUACCUUUUAGGAUCCUGACAGUGUUUUGGUAGAAGAACGCAGAGCUUCAGUGUUCUCCAGACGGUGCGUUCAGGCGCCUCCUCACAGCUGGCCGGGUCGUUUUAACCCAGAUAGGGUUCUGUUUUGCAAAGUUUUGGAGGAGGAGCCUGAAGGCAACACAAGUUCAUGUGAAGUCAAAGGUCAAUGAAGAAAAAUUCACACUUUGAUUUAAAUGGUGUUCCCGUCUGUGUGGAUGUUCUCCUACCCCCCCCCCCCCCACCAUAAAAUGCUCUGCCAACCAAACUGUAGAAUCUUUAUGAAUAUUAAAAGAAAUUAAAAAGACAAUUAUUCUGUUUUAUUUUGUUUCUGUUGUGAGGUUUCUCUCCAUCAGUUCUAAAGGAUUUGGGUGCUUGUUUUUUUUUCUAAAGGUAUUAGAAUUGGUCUUAAAUCUCCUUUUUGUGUUUAUUCAUUUUAAAAGCAUCACUACAUUUAAACACCAUUGAAAACCUUGUUAAAGAGUUAAAGAGAAUAAGACUUCACUAGAAUUCUCUUCAGUUUCUUUUCACGUGAGUUUGAGAUUUUCUGUUGGAGACACAAG